AUGAUAUAUUAAUUAAUUUAUCAUUUUUUACGUUCAUUUAUUAAUCUAUAUAUUUUAAUAUCAAUACAUUCGUAAUAAUGUUAUUAUAGAUUCUAAUCAUGUGUCUGUACUAGUCGAUAUUGUCGUCGUACAAUAAUACUAUCACAUAACGUCACUAUCAUGUCUAAAAGAUGACUGGUACUAAAAUUGAUAAUAUUUCUAAUCCAAAAGAAAUGGACCAAAAAGAACAAUUUAAUAGAAAAUGGAAUAUGGAUAAAGUACUUUUACGUACAUUUGUUUUAAUAACAUGUAUCAAAGCGUUAUUAAUUCCUUGUUAGUAGUUAUUCUACUGAUUUUGAAGUACAUCGUAAUUGGUUGGCCAUAACAUAUAGUUUACCUAUUAGCGAAUGGUAUAUUAAUGCCAAAUCUCAAUGGACAUUAGACUACCCACCGUUUUUUGCAUGGUUUGAAUAUGCCCUUAGUCAAGUAGCUUAUUUAUUCGACGAAGAAAUGGUCAAAAUUGAUAAUUUGAACUAUGCUUCACCUACCACUGUCUAUUUUCAAAGAACUACAGUUAUACUUAGCGAUCUUAUGUUUGCUUAUGGCAUAAGAGAAUUAGGCGAAGUAUUUUAUAAAUCUUAUAACAGUUACUGCGUUUUUAUAUUUCUGUCGUUGUGCAAUAUAGGAUUACUGAUAGUGGACCAUAUACAUUUUCAAUAUAAUGGAUUUCUAUUAGGCUUUUUAUUAUUGUCAAUUGCUAAAGUUUCAAAAACAUGGGAUCAGAUAUCUAUGUUGCAAGGAGCUGCUUGUUUUGCUAUAUUAUUAAAUCUUAAACAUAUUUAUUUAUAUGUAGCACCAGCAUAUAUAGUUUGGUUAUUGAAAUCAUAUUGUAUAAAAAAUGGUCAAUUUUUUAAAAGGAUUUUUAUAUUAGCAGCAAUAAUUGCCACUAUUUUUGUACUCUCAUUUGGUCCAUUUAUAAAUCAACUACCACAAAUUAUUUCUCGACUAUUCCCUUUUAAAAGAGGUUUAGUCCAUGCAUAUUGGGCUGCAAAUGGAUGGGCUUUGUAUGUUAUCACAGAUAAGAUAUUAUCUAUAAUUUUGAAAUAUUUAGGAUGGAUAAAAAUAAUUAAAUCUGCUAUAAUGACUGGAGGUUUAGUACAAGAAGAAAUAUUUAUUGUUUUACCUACGCCUAAACCUAUUACUACAUUUGUACUCACAUUUAUAGGAAUGCUUCCAGCUUUGUAUGUUUUAUUAUGCAAAAAAUUUGCAAUUACUUCAAAGCAUUUUCUUCGCUGCUUGAUCCUUUGUGCUUUAACGUCUUUUAUAUUUGGAUGGCACGUACAUGAAAAAGCUGUUUUGACUGCAAUAAUACCAUUAUGUGUUCUUGCCGCAGUGGAUAUUAAUGAUGCUCGCAUUUAUAUAAUCCUAAGUAGUGCCGGAUAUACUUCACUUUUACCUUUGCUUUACCCGGACAAUUUAACCCCUUUGAAAUUAUUAUUAUUAAUAUUACAUAUAUUUUCGAGCAAUUUAAUAUUACAAUAUCAAUUUAAAAAAUCUCUCUUGCAUUUACAUGAAUUUUUAUAUGUAAGUAUACUUCCACUGAUAGCUGCUUAUGAAUCAAUAUUACAUAAAUGUUUUUUUAAUGAUAAACUACCGUUUUUACCUUUAGCUCUUAUUUCGAUUUAUUGUGCGAUAGGUAUAAUUUAUUCCUGGUUUCUUUCCUAUUAUUAUUUUUUAUGUGAUCAUGAUAAUAAGAAAAAAAGAAAAAUUAAAAAAAAAUAAGAGAAAAGAUAACGUAAUAACAAUCCAUAAAAAGAACCAAAUUAUUGUAAUAAAUUGAAUAAAAGUAAUAUUUUGUUAUAUAUUUUAUAUAAUUUUAUAUAAUUACAUAUAUAUAUAUAUUUUUUUUUUCUUUUUUCCUUUCCUUUCAAAAGAAAAGAAAAUUUAAAUAAAUUAUUUUAUAAUUAAAUUAUUUUAUAUAUGAAUGUAAACAUCCUGUAUAAGUUUUGCCAAAUGUGUCAACAGAUGUCGCAUACAAUUACAAAGUAUCUCGCAAACGAUUAAUUCAACGAUAAUAGAUUAUAGGGCAAUAAUUGUAAGUAAUUUUUAGGAGGGUAGAUGCCCGGUGUUCACCGUGCAGUGAGACGCAACCCUGACGCAACCUGUCAGUAAAAUAUAGCGUUGAAGAAGGACACAAGGUUUUCCCUAUGUUGUCCUUUUUCGUGCGCAUAUUUUUUUAAGCUGGUUGCUUACACCUUGUUCGUCCAGCUUUAAAAAAUAAUCGAAUGGUGUUCUACUCUACCCUCUUAUUUUUUAUUAAAUUCAAACAUAAAAUAGUUCGUAAGUUUUAUAUUAAAUAUAGCAAUGUCUAACAUCAAUGUGAUGCAUAUACACGAACAUUUACAAAAGGAACAAUACCAAAUACUUUGAGGUUAAUAAUUUUUAUUUAUCUCUAUGUAAAGUCAAAUUUAUACAGUCGAUAGAAUUUUUUCUGAAGAACUAUUAAUGAGACAAGAAUAAAGAGAGAGAGAGAGAGAUCUUCCUUGUUUAGAAUUUUUUACUUUUAUAAAAUCUAAUUUUUUUUUUUUUUAAUUUUGCUAGAAAAAAACAUUAAAGUUGAAAACCAUUGAGUUUGGAUAUGAUUUCAAAAAAGUUUAAGAAAUCAUUGUAUUGCAGUCAACUUUUUGUAUAUAUAUAUUUUUUUUUUUUUUUUUAUAAAUCUAGUAGGGCAUUGGUAAUUUCAAUGACCACACUGUAACAAAAUAUAAUCUUGUGAAAAUUAAAUAUAAUAUAUUAUGCAUGAAAAUGCUUUUCUCUUACCUAGUAUAAAGGUAAUAAAGUUAUAAUAAUGGUUAUAGAUAGUGGUUUAGCCAAAUAUGGAAAGAGGUCCUCGAACUCAUAAAGUUUAAGGAACCGCUGAUUUAUGAAAAGAUGAAAGGAAUUUAUAAUGUUUUAAAAAUAUAUUUGGAAUCAUUCCAUCAUAUUAUUAACUUAUUCGCGUUCCAAACGGAGUGUAUAUAUAUAUAUAUAUAUAUAUGUAUUAUAUAUAUUAUAUAUAUUCUUGAAGAGUUGGAACAGAACGAACGUAUAUAUAAUAUACAUAGUCAAAAAAUUGGCAAUAUGAAUAAGAGUGUGAAACAUCGUAAGAUUUGUACGUCAUCGUUGAUUUAUCAGCAAUGCGUUCCGCCUACGAAUGAUAUUAUUUCACAAGUCAUUGAGCUUUCCGUUUAUUUUUCGUUUACCAUUAAUGAUCGACAUAUGAUAAAUAUCUUAAAAUAUUAUUUAUCAUUAUUAUUGUAAUUAUAUAAUUAAUGCAAGUCUUGUCAAUUUUUAAUAGCAUUAAGAUAAUGCAAUAAUAAAAUGCAUUGGUAGAUGAUGUAAUAAUUUUAUUUAUGAAAAUUUUAAAAAUGAUCUUAAAUGGGUAGAUCGCGAUGAACUGUAUUAAAACAUGGCAAACAAUAAUAAGGAUUGCUAGUACAAUUUCCACAAAA